AUGUCUCCUGCUCAUGGACUCGAAAUGCCCCAAUUGAGUCGAUUACUGACACUAGGUCCCUCACCGCGUAAUGUCCGUCUCUUCUCCGCAGCCAGCUGCAGAUUCACCUCUCCUCACCCGUCGUUGUCUCGCCGAACAACACCAUCGCACCACAAACAAUACUCGACAGUUGCGACAAACGUGAAACCACAUACAAUCGAUCCGCGAUGGCUGACGAAUAUCAAACGGCGAAUCGGAAAAUGUCUCAUGUUCGGUUUGAAGCCGGCGCAGGUGGAUCAAGCCGGCAGGAUAUUACAACGUUUGGCUAGGGAUUGGAGAGAAUUGAUUGCUGGGAGUGAUGGGUUUUUAACGCAUGCGACAAGACGAGCCCUUUUUCGUCGGGAUGUUGUGUGGGGGGAUAUGGAUUCCAUGGGUCAUAUAAACAACGUAGCAUAUGUACGGUACGCCGAGACAGCACGAGUCAACCUGAUGCACAACUACGCGACGAAUAUCGACCCCGCGCACCAAACAGAAUGGAUAAAUACGGUUGGGAAUAAAGGGAUCGGCUUAAUUCUGCAGAGUAUCAAGAUAGACUACAAAUUUCCCAUGACAUGGCCCGACAAGAUCACAGUGUACCACCGACUCACCAAAGACCCAUCGGAUACACUGAACAAAUCAUAUUUCCAGCAAGAAGCUCUGAUCCUGUCCGAAUGCAAACAGCGUCCGGCCGCACGAGUCAUCGAGCAGAAUUAUUUGUAUGACUACACGCAACUUCGCAAAACGAGUACUGCGCCGGAAUUUAUACUGCGCCAAUUCCAGGAAACAUGGGCGUUGCAAGAAGAGAGUAAGAAGCAAUGGCAGCAGCAAGUUGCAGGUAUCGAGAAUGAGGUGCGCAGAUUGGAGUUGGAGAGUUGGGAUAACCCGGAUGCCGUUGAGGAUAUGGGAUCUGCUGGAUAG